ACAUGUUACUAGAUUGGCUAACCUGUUUGCCAGUUUUUGUUGAUUUAGAUUAUUUGUAUGAGAAUACAUUCCAGUUAUCAGAGUAAAUUGAUACAAAAGGGAAAAAUAGUACAAAACAAAAGCUUACAAUGGCCCAUGCACAGUUUUUGGAUGAAAUGAUAAGGGAAUAUUUAUUGUAUAAAGGAUUUGGAUCGACAUUAAAAGCAUUUGAUGCAGAACUGAAAGCUGAUAAAAUGAAAAGUUUUAGAGUUGACAAAAUAGUUGAUCAACUAAUAUAUUUUAUAAACAAUUAUGAUCUUAUUUCACUUAGGGAUUUGUGGGGUCAUUUGAAUAGACAUUUGUUUUCUAAAUUGGAGAGUCAUUAUUUACCUAGUGUACGUAAGCUGGAAAAUGCGGUGUUGAAAAUGUUCUUGAUAAAUACAGUAUUUAAUAGUAAACCCGAUAAAAUGAAUGAAUUUUUUGUCAAAAUGACUCCAGAACUACAAAACCAAGCAGAAUGGAAAGAUUGGUUUGUAUUACCAUAUAUAAAAAAUCCAGAAGAAAAUCCAACAUUUUCUUUACAUUUUACAAAACAAUGGCAAGAUACUCUUUGGGUUUCAGUUCAUAAUUUCUUGGCCACAAUAAUACAGUUCAUGCCAAUCCCCACGUUAAUGCAUUUUGAAGAUGAUGCUACUAGAAUAAGUAAACUGGAAGAAAGAAACGAAUCUCUUAAAAAACGACUGAUAUUAUUACUUGAUAGAGGACCUCAAUCUAGUGUCACUCCAUGUCAAGUAGAGCCCCCUCAACACUUGUUAGACGACUUCUAUGUUAUAGCACAAGAAAAUAAUUUAGGUGAAAGUCAAGCUAGAAGCUUAAGAAGUAUUAUAAAGAAUAUGAGUAGCAGUGCAAGUCCAAUUUUAGGUAGAAAAGAAAGCGCAUUGGGAAAGAGACGAGAAAGGAAAUAAAAUUGUUUAACUUACCUUAUGAUUUUCCAGACAUGAUUAGUUCCAAAAAAUUUUAUCCAUAUUUAUUUACCUUAGAUAUUAGAACUGGUCAGUAUUAGUGAAUAUAAAAUUGGAUUAAUUGUCAAUUUCACCCCAAUUUGUUGCAAUAAUUAACCCUUAAAUCCAUGAUUUUUUGUUUCUUUUUGUGAAAUUAUGAAAACAAUUUGAAAACGGCCAAUAUAAUAAAGAAAAAAUAAUGAAAAAAA